AUGUUUAAAAAGAAGCCGACGAUCAAAAACUUGUCCCCGCUACGAUCUUCCGAUCGAAGGAAAAUAGCCGAUCAGAUCAUCAAAGAUUACCAGAUUCCAGUUCCUUCUUCACCCUCCGAAACUCAACCCGACGGCGCGACUAGCACAGGUCCAAGCCUUAGUGCAGUUCGAAAUGCACUCCUCCCCGAGAACUCCUUGACAGCCCGAUUUACAACAACUGCUGGCCCGGACUUGCGAGAAGUACAGGGUAUCGUAUACGUUGGUGCACACCCAGAGGGUGACGAGCGGGUACUAUGGUUCAAGAUUGAGCAUGGGCCUGGGUCUGAUAAACGGUUAUACCCUUCGGUCUAUACACUAUGGAAUAAUCCGCAACUAGUGGCCCUAUUACACACACCGGAGAUGGUCAUGCAGAAGCUUCAUGGCGGUGCGGAUCUGAUGACUCCUGGUCUGGCCAAUGACCCACCUUUCCCGCAACGUGCAGUCAAGGAUGCUGUGGUGGCUGUUGCUAGUCUGGACAAUCAUACGGUUCCCCUCUUUGUGGGUAUAUGUGAGAUUGAUAUCUCCGCGUUAGGAGAUGUCCGAGGGUCGAAGGGACAUGCGGUUCGUGGACUGCAUUGGGAGGGUGACGAACUUUGGGCUUGGAGCUCGUCUUCAAGGCCUGGGCGACCUGCUCCUGAAUAUCUUCAGGGAUGGGAUGAUGAAGCUUUGGAUGAAGUCGAAGAGGCUGUUGGCGAGCUGAAGUUGGACGACAAUCAAGAGGAUGCAUCGGCAGGCGAUGCCGUUGAUGAUGCUCCAGCCGCAGAGGACGAACCUGCGCCAGAGAAGGAGCCUACAACAAGUGAAAUCGACGAUGCAUUCAUAAACGCCUUCAUUUAUGCUCUCUAUCAGCUUAAACAGGAUAACCCGAAUGUCCCCAACCACGCCCUUACACUACCAGUUUCGCCUUCUAUGCUGAUAGCCAAUCUCAUCACACCCUAUUUGCCGAUAUACUCCGCACAGCAAGCCCAGUUCUAUAACAUCAAGAAGACCAGCUGGAAGAACGUCAAGAAGUUUAUCAAGCAAUUGGAUAAACUUCAGCUAGUCAAAUCCAAGGAUCGCAGUGGUCAAGAAACAUACAUUAUGGACGUUGACUUCGGUGAUCAUCGUGUUGAGAGAUUCGUGCCAUACAAGCUCUCCUCGAAAGGCAUACUGGAAAGCUCAAAAUCAGCUCCUUCAGAUGGAAAGAAGCCCGCUGCGACCGACGGCACGGAUCCUUCAGUGGGACAAACAUUCAAUGUCCAAACCUUGUACCGACCAACCGGGAAACUGACACCAGACAUUUUCCCUGCUCUUUCCACUACGAGUCCCAAGAAUUACUACAAAUACGCCGAAGUCUCCAGUCGCCUGGAUCAAUACGUCCAAGCACAGAAUCCACCCCUUGUCUCCCCUCAAAACAGACGCAUCAUUAAUCUCAAUCCUUACCUUGCAAACACCAUCUUUUGUUCUUCCUCUUCCGAGGAUAAAUCAACACAUAAGCGUGGAAUGGUCACUCGUGAUGGCCUCCUCAAGCGCAUCAUAGAGGAUCAUGCUUUCUUGCAGCCACACUAUGCCAUCCUCAAACCAGGUCAGACUCUCUCAGAUGUCAAACCUAAGGCAGGUGCUUCACCCAAGGCGGUGGUCACACUUGAGAAGCGGACUGGCUCCAAGACUGUUACAAAGGUCAGUAAUCUGGAAAUCUUUGGUAUCAUUCCUACGCUUCUGGCAGAGGAGCUGCAGAAGAAGUGUGCAAGCAGUACGAGUGUUACUCAGGCUGUUGGGGCUCCUAAGGGAGUUAUGGAAAUCUUGGUGCAGGGUGAUCAGCGAAAGGUUCUUGAUACAGCUCUUACGCGUCGUGGGCUGAAAAGUCAGUGGAUCGAUGUGGUGGAUAAAACCAAAAAGAAGAAAUAG